AUGAGCGCGUGCUGCACACUGCGUACUGCUGAGAGUAGCUACUGUGUGACUGCAUACUACACCAGCUCCACAAAAUACAGCGAUAAAGACAACGGUGGCAUGUUGGUUUGGUCUCCAUAUCACACAAUACUUGACUCUAAAUUGGAUGAGUACAUUGCAAUUGCAAAAGAAAAGCAUGGCUACAAUGUUGAGCAGGCUCUCGGCAUGCUCUUCUGGCAUAAACACAACAUCGAGAAGUCCCUUGCUGAUCUGCCAAACUUCACCCCCUUCCCUGAUGAGUGGACGGUGGAGGACAAGGUGUUGUUUGAACAAGCGUUCAGCUUUCAUGGGAAGAGCUUCCAUCGGAUCCAGCAGAUGUUGCCGGACAAAUCCAUAUCCAGUCUUGUGAAGUACUACUAUUCGUGGAAAAAAACGCGAUCCCGGACGAGUCUGAUGGACCGACAAGCGCGAAAGCUGGCAAACCGGAGUAAUCAAGAUGAAAGUGAGGAAGAGAUGGAAGAAGCCAACCCCAUUGAGGCCAACGACAGUGACUAUGACCCUACAAAAGAGGCGAAGAAGGAGAGUCAUGCAGAGCCUCAGAUGCUGAGCUCCAAAAUUGCACUGGGACGGAGAGAGCACCAGACCCUGCAGCACCGUCACCACAGCCAGCGGUCCAAGUGCCGCCCUCCCAAAGGCAUGUACCUCACACAGGAGGACGUGGUGGCCGUCUCCUGCAGCUCCAGCGCCGCAAGCUCUGUCCUGCGGCAGCUCGACAUGGAGCUGGUGUCCCUGAAACGACAGGUUCAGAAUGCCAAGCAGUUAAACAGCGGACUUAAACAGAAGAUUGAAGAUGGAAUUGAUGAACUCAGACUGCCUGAGUGCACCCAAAAAAUUAAUGCCCGCUGGACAACAGAUGAGCAGCUUUUGGCAGUACAAGGGGUACGAAAAUAUGGGAAGGACUUCCAGGCUAUUGCUGAUGUGAUUGGGAAUAAAACGGUGGGGCAGGUGAAGAAUUUCUUUGUGAACUAUCGGCGUCGCUUUAACUUGGACGAGGUGCUUCAGGAAUGGGAGGCGGAGCAGGGAACGCACACUCCCAACGGAGACGGUGCCAGCUCUGGUGAGGAUGGAAAGAACAGCAACAUCUCCUCAGGAAAGAGCACAGAUGAAGAAGAGGAAGAGGGUCAGGUGACCCCAGCCUCGGGUCCGUCUCCUGUAGCCACAUCAGCGUCUCUAACAGCAGCCAGCAGCUCCAGCUCUCUCAACCAGCCUCCACCUCUUCUGCGCCCAUCUCUUCCUGCCACUCCAGCGCUACACCGCCAGCCUCCGCCUCUGCAGCAGCAAGCCCGCUUCCUUCAGCCCCGUCCUGCCCUGAACCAGCCUCCGCCGCUCAUCCGGCCCUCCAACCCCCUCCCUCCUCGCCUCAACCCCCGCCCCACAGCCCCUGCUCCCUGCAUGGCUUCAGCCGCGCCGGGCCAGCAGCCGCCCUCUCUGGUGGGCAUCCAGUCCGAUGCCCCCUCCUCUCUACACUGAUGUGUUUCAUAUUUGUGACAUUGCUGAUGAAGGUAAUUAGUUAGCACUUGUGAAUACUAGGAAAAGAAUGAUCGUUUUAAACUGUGUAUAUAUUAGUUACGUAACUUUAUAUUUAUUUGAACUGAUUUUUUAUUUUAUUUUUUAUUUUGUAAUCAUGUUGUAACAUUGUACUUUAAAGCGAUUGAUUGUUCACCCAGAAAUGAAAAUCACCCCAUGAUUUACUCACCCUCAAGCCAUCC